UAUAAAGUGUCAAGAUGAAACUCUGCAGGGGAAGGAGGACCCGAUACAGUGACGUUUCUGAGACCAGAUAGUUGCGUCCGCAGCAUGCAAAAGUUACCAGUUGGAGGUUUGGGGGCUGAAAGCUUUUCUGAGAAUUCAGAGCCCAGUCACUGAUUUCUGGAACUUGAGGAUACAUCCACAUUAUUGUUUCAAGGAAACUUCAAGAGACAAAAAUGGAACAAAGCAAUAACAAAGAGCGCAACAAUGUGAUUGAUGGUAAUUUUGAUCUUCCCAUCAAGAAGGCAAUUAAUUUUUUCCCUCCGUUAUACAGACAGCGUUACAGCUUUGUUAACGAUCUAGUGAAUCAACAUAAACCCAAAAAGGUUGCAGACUUGGGGUGCGGUAAUGCUUCGCUCAUACAGAUGAUUAAAUCACACAGUUGCCUUGAAUUGAUUGUUGGAGUAGAUAUCAAUAAAGAUAAAAUAGAAUUGCAAAGGUGUAGAUUGUCUCCAUUCUCUGGGGAUUAUCUAAGUCCCCGGGAUUUGAAUUUGUCUAUCAUUUUGUAUCAUGGCUCUGCUGUGGAGAGAGACUCUCGUUUGCUUGGAUUUGACUUAGUAACAUGUAUCGAGCUAAUAGAACAUCUGGAUUCAGAAGAUCUGGCCAGGUUUCCCGAAGUUGUAUUUGGGUACUUGUCUCCAGCCAUGAUUGUCAUCAGCACACCGAACUCUGAUUUCAACCCCCUGUUUCCAACAGUGACCUUCAGAGAUUCAGAUCACAAAUUUGAAUGGAACAGGAAGCAGUUUCAGACCUGGGCCUUAGGUGUGGCAAAUUUCUACAGUUACUCUGUGGAGUUUACUGGGGUGGGGGAGCCACCAGAAGGCGCUGGGAAUGUUGGAUACUGUACCCAGAUAGGAGUCUUCCAGAAAAUCAGAGCGCCAGCAACCGAAUCGUGCAUUGUGGAGCAGUGUGGUCAACAUGUUUAUAAAAUUGUUUAUUCAGUUUCAUACCCGAGUUUACAGCAAAAAGAAGUCCGCAAACUUGCAUUAACAAAUGAGGUGUCACGACAAGUCCAAAGCAUGAGACAGAGAUAUGUCUCAAGUCUGAGUAUACUUCAGAAUGGCGAUGACAAUGGUCACAAGAUAAAUGACACUGGGCUCAUCACAUUUUCUGGACCAGUCUUCACAGAACUUGAAAAACUCAAAAUAGAGAAGUCUCCCAAACCUUUCUGUUUUAGAAAUAAGCUUUAUGUACCGCUGGAAAGACUCCUGGCUUAUCCCAAGGUGAACCGCUUAUGUGAUAACGUGGAUGUGAUGAGAGCGCUCAUAGCUGACACAGUAAGACUGAGCAAGGAUGGUUCUGCUGUGAAGAUUGACCUGCGUGAUGAGAGUCAGUGAGCUGUCUGUCCUGAAGGUCAGGGUCUCAGCA